AUGUCUACAGGAAUGAGGAAAACAGUUUUAAAACUCUCCGCUUUUCAGAAAAUCAAAAGGAAAGUAAGUGAAGACAGAGGUAGCCGUAGAAAGGAGGAAGAAAAGCCGGCACCGGAAGAAAGACUAGCGCGGAGAAAGAAGCAAAGCCUAUCGCUCGAUCCGCAGAUCCUGCUUCAGUGGGCUUCGACGCAUAACGACGUGGAGACGCUAAAACGCGUGGUGGAGUCAACUGGCGUAGAUCUUAACGAACCAGGCGUGGAUGGCUUUUUUCCAUUACAUCGCGCUGCGAGUACAGGGAGUUAUGAAUGCCUUCAGUACCUCGUAACCAAAGGCGCGCAGCUUGAAGUGUGUGACAAAGAAGGUACUACUCCGUUAGACGUUGCAGUAAACGAAGGAGAAUUUGACUGCGCGCGCUUUCUGAUCGAAAGGGGAGCGAAUAUAAAUCACAUUCGUGAUGGUUUUGUAGACAAGGAUUUGAUCAGAAAAGAGCGGUCCAUGAGUCACUGA